AUGAAUCAAGCACAAGGAAUCCAAACACAGAUCCCCAAAUUCACCGGGCAAAAUUAUUACCACUGGCACAUUCAAAUCAAAGUAUUAUUUGAAUCACAGGAUCUGUGGAAUAUCAUAGACGAGGGAUUCAAGGAACUGGGUGCAAAUCCAACCGAGGAGGCAACGGCAACGUACAAAGAUGCAGUCAAGAAAGAUAAACGAGCGUUACAUAUCAUCUUUCAAUCGGUAAACGAAACAAUAUUUGAGCGUAUUGCACUUGCAAAGACAUCAAAAGAAGCGUGGAACAUCCUGCACAAAUCUUACAAAGGAGAAAAUCGGGUAAAAAACAUUAAACUUCAAUCUCUUCGUAGUGAUUUUGAUGCACUUAGGAUGAAAGAAGGAGAAUCUAUUGAAGAUUAUUUCAAUAGAACAGUAUUAAUAGUAAAUCAAUUGCGUAUGAAUGAAGAUAAUAUCAGUGAACAAAAGAUAGUCGAAAAGAUCCUGCGUAGUUUGACUCGAAAUUAUGAGUCGGUUGUGAUUACAAUAGAGGAAACGAAAGAUUUACAUGAUGUUUCGACGGAAGAAUUAAUGGGAAUUCUUCAAUCUCACGAACUGAGAUUAAAACGAUAUGAUGAUGUUCCGAUCGAACAUGCAUUUCAAGUACAAAAUUCUAUCCAAGAUAGAUACAAGCCGACUCGAAAUGAUGGUUCGAUGAAACAGCGGAACAAAGGAAAGGGUCGAAACUGGAAUAACAUUAGAUGUUAUAAUUGUCAAAGGCUCGGACAUACAGCAAAAUUCUGUCAAAAGAAGGAUGAGGGUGAGAAACCGGAUAAUGUAUUAAUACAUAAAGAUGAUGAAAGUGAUGAACAUGAAGAUACGAUGUUCAUGAUAUUUAAUAUGGAAGAGGCAGUCAAGGAUGACUGUUGGUUUCUCGACAGUGGCUGUAGUAAUCACAUGACAGGGAGCAGGAGUUUAUUCAUCAAUCUGGAUGAAUCCAUAAAAAAGGAAGUAAGAACAGGAGACGACAAGAGAUUAGAAGUUGUUGGUAGUGGAGAAGUGUCCGUCUCUUUUAAAGGAAAGGACCGGACGAUACCAAAUGUUUUCUAUGUAGAAGGAUGCAAAUAG